GAGAUUCGUGAAGCCAUCGAAGGUUACAAAGGAUACACAUACUGAUCAUGUAAGUCCCUUUUGUUUAUCGCUUUGCAUUUAACCCCUUUCUAUUUUUUUUAAUGGAUUUGGUGCCAAUGGUUCUUUUUGUUGGCAAAUGGCUACGAGAUAACCCAUUCUUUCCUUUUCCAUCAUCAAAUACUUUAUUGAGGAUGCAUGAUGAAGGAGAAAUCGUUGUUCGAGCUUGCUACACUGCCAUUUCUGUUGCAAGUGUUUUGAACAUUUUGGAUGAUGAGCUGAUCAAGAAUGUUGGAGACUACAUUUUAAGAGAAUCACUCAGGGACAGAACAAAGUGCUAAUUACUGAUAGAAUGUGGGCUAGGCUUCUAUCUUCAACAAAUCUGCCCAGCUUUACGAUUGCUAAGACUGUCUCUGAAGAAAAAAGGGAAGAAGAAGCAAACGGUAAUGUCCCUGAGUAAGGGCAUUGUUCAAAUAAGCAUUUGGCUUAGAAAGAAGUCAACAACAUUUUUCAUCCUGCUAUAUAUGUACAUGUUUAUUGUAUUCAUUUUAUCUUAUAUCUAUUAGAAGCUUUGUUUGUCCUAGCAAUCUGGCUUUGACCUUUGUCACAAUUUACCUAUAUGACAAAGUUUUUGUGUAGCAGUUUAGGUUGAGUGACUCCAUUAUCAAUAAUCUAAUUGAUCGAAUACAUGUUUUUAGUUCAUUAAA